AUGACCCGUGCAGAAGACCUUGUCAAGCAAGCUUCCGAGGCCGGCUUAAAGCCAAAAGCAGAUUUCUUCAUCACUCCAGGAAGCGAGCAAAUUCGAGCCACCUUAGACCGUGACCAGACUUUGGCAACCUUCUCCGCCGCCGGGGGCACCGUCCUAGCCAACGCUUGCGGUCCCUGCAUCGGCCAAUGGAAACGGACAGACGGUGUGAAGAAGGGCGAGAGCAACGCGAUUCUCACGUCAUACAACCGCAACUUCCGCGGACGCAACGAUGGAAACACUGCAACCAUGAACUUCCUCGCUUCUCCCGAAAUCGUCACUGCAAUGUCAUAUGCAGGCAGAACCACCUUCAACCCCAUGACCGACUCUCUCCCAACCCCCAGUGGCAAACCCUUUAGAUUCCGUCCCCCAACAGGCUUUGACCUCCCAAAAUCAGGCUUCGAAUCGGGAAACCCAGACUUCCAACCCACCAUAGCCGCUCCAUCCCCUUCUUGCCCCGUCGUAAUUUCCCCAACCUCAGACCGCCUCGCACUCCUUGAACCCUUCUCGCCCUUCCCCCCUCACAACCUCACAUCCCUCCGCGUACUCUACAAAGUAAAAGGUCAAUGUACAACAGACACCAUCUCCGCUGCCGGCCCCUGGCUCAAAUACAAAGGCCACCUCCCGAACAUCUCCGCCAACACACUCAUUGGCGCAAUAAACGCCGCAACUGGCGAGACCAACGUGGCCUACGACACUGAUGGCAGCACCUACUCCAUCCCAGAGCUCGCGGCCAAAUGGAAAGCAGCAGGGACGGAAUGGCUCGUCGUUGCCGAAGAAAACUACGGCGAAGGCAGUGCGCGCGAACACGCCGCGUUGCAACCACGCUAUCUAGGUGGACGCAUAAUUGCCGCCAAGAGCUUCGCACGCAUCCACGAGACGAACUUGAAGAAACAAGGCGUCGUGCCGUUGACGUUUAAGGAUAAGGCUGACUAUGAUAGGAUUGAUGCAUGCGACGCUGUUGAUACUGUUGGGUUAUAUGAAGUGCUGAUGAGUGGCGGACAGGCUGAUGAGGAGGUGCGGCUACGGGUGACGAAGAACGGGAAUGGAGAGGUUUUCGAGAUCCCGAUGAAGCACACGUUGAACUCAGAAACAUUUAAAAAAAAAAUUCUAUUUCAGUCGUACUAUAUGAAAUAA